AUGAAGCUGAGCAAAGUGUUUAAUCACAAGUUUGUGCUAGCAAGCUGCAAUCUAAUAUUUAUGCUGUGUGGCAUCACGCUGCUUUCCACAGGGUUCUACCUAUUCACCGAUUCCCCCAGGAUACUGCUUUCCCGUUUGCUAAUAUCAGCAUCCGACCAGCAAAGGACACCCUUAUCCGAGCUAGAGCAGCCACUGUUUUACUAUGUUGCAUUCGCUCUUACCACGGCCGGUCUUGUGGCCAUUAUUGCCUCCCUGCUUGGAUGCUGGGCAACAUGCAUGAACACGUACUGUGUUCUAACUAUGUAUUUUCUGAUCAUUUUGUCACUAUUGAUAGCGGAGUUUGGCGUAUGUUUGAUGAUCACCGCCUGGCCUCAGUGCCUGGGAUUGAACCUCAACGAAACUGCAAUGGUAAAAGCGCUUCAAGCCAACUACGGUGUGCCCGGUCACGAACAGUUUACUGCAGCGAUGGAUUUGGCGCAGACGAUCUUCGAAUGCUGUGCCAUCAAUACAAGCAUCAACUAUGACACAUCCCUGUGGAAACUGCAAAGUUUGGGCAAGAAAGAGCUAACCGUUCCGAUCACGUGCUGCAAGCUAGUGAAUCGGUUCGAAUUUACAGCUUAUCUAGAUCCCGUACCGGUAAAUGGGACGCUAUGCCAGGCACUCCAAACACAGGAUUACGAAAAAAGUCGACAUCUGGAUGGUUGCCUGCACAAAAUCGAAGUUUGGUACCGUGAGCAAUAUUUUCUGUUUCUUUGCGCUGGAUUAAUUGUAGCGGUGGUUGAAUUUUGUGUGCUGCUCAGCAUUAUCCUAAGCUGCACUAAACUUCCUCGUAAAAACCAUGUGCCGCAAAUACUACGUACACAUCCGUUGCCGCAUAUUCCCAUUCCUGCCGUACCGGUAAAUCGUCGAGUGCGGGACAACAUCUACGAGCACGAACUACCGUCGCCAAUGGCCGUACCAACGAUACGGGAAGCGUACCUACAACCAAAGGAGUAUAGCAAACAACGUUCAGAUAUGGCUUUCAACAACAACAAUUCCCACUAUUAUCAAAUCUCUAAGAGUUAUCUAGUUUAG